UAUAAAUAUAAAAUGAAACUUUUUUUCAGCAGGAGUAACUUCAUCACACUGACCAACGUAGCCUCCAUUUACAGGACUGAAGGAGGCCCCAAGCAGGCAUCAUUGUAUGUUGACCUGGGAACCAAACACGAGUCAUUUGCAACUUCAGGGACUCUACACAGCUGGGCUUUGAUGUCAGAAGAUCAAAACACAGCAAUCAAUGUCAGCCACGAUUUUGUUAAAAUCAGUCCGAAGGGAUCUUUAGAAAAUCCAGUUGAUUGGGUCAAGCAAGUUCUAGACAAACUUACCAAUCCUCCAUCUCUUCGAGGGGCGGUCAACUUAAGAGCUCAGAUACCUCGUGACUUAGUUAUGAUGACUGCUUUUGGUCUCGAAGGCUAUGGAAUGCCAAUCACAGGCUUAGAUAAGAACUUCGAUGCUCAAGGACGAUUUACUCAUUGGAGAGAAGCAGCUCUCAUGUUACAAGCAGCUGUAGGUGCUGAUAGAAUGCUCCUCAUACUUAACUCUUUCGAACAUCAAGAGGCUAGCCAGUUUAAAGAAGCGUUUGAAGGUCUUAACCCAGCAGACCCUCUGUUCUACCAUCAGUCUUCAAUUCAAUACAAAGGAGGCAAUUGAAGGAUCAUCACCGAAGACAAACACAAAAGGAUCGAACACUGAUUCCAAGCAGAAGACUCGCCCUGUCUGAGAAUAUUCCCGCACUUAGUGAGCCAUCGCUUGGAGACCAACUUCCACAGGUUCACGAGGGUCUUCAGAGAAGUGAGUCUGGCCGGCCUCAGAGUGGAAGGGACUUCACCCAUCUCCGGAGCAGUGGAACGAGAAAUGAAAGAUUCAUGGAGCGAGUUCACAGAAUGGGUCCCUGGAGACGUGCUUGAGGCUGCAAAAGAGAAGGCGAAGGAGGAAUGAGAACUUCAAAUGUCAAAUAUCGAUACAAAGAAUGACAUGAUUGCAAGCAGGUUCUUCAAAGAAAGAAAUAUAAAUAUUGAUGAUUACUCUACUCAGAUUAGUCAAGUAACUCCUGAUGAAAUGGCAUCAUGGUUUAAAGAUGCUGUUAGGUCAAGAGAAACAUUUGUGAGGGUUGAUUAAUAUAUCUUCCUCAAUAUCUUUUCAGAUA